AUGGCGUCAACUUGGUCUCCUCGUCGACGAUGGAAAUACGAUGUUUUUCUAAGCUUCAGAGGGGAAGAUACCCGUGAGACUUUCAUCUGCCAUCUGUAUCAUGCACUAACCGCGAAAGGAAUUAUAACCUUCAUAGAUGACGAAAGCCUGGAGAGAGGAUCAACCAUUGGCCCAUCACUUUUUACAGCAAUUCAGGACUCGAGCAUUGCCCUUGUCGUUCUUUCAAAGAAUUUCGCUUCUUCAUCGUGGUGCUUGGAUGAACUCUCGAAGAUUAUUCAGUGCAAGGUAGAGAGGAGACAAAUAGUCAUCCCAAUCUUUUACAAAGUGAGUCCUUCUGAUGUGCGCUACCAAAAUGGAAGUUUUCAGCUGCGUACAGUAGAGGUUAGGGAACAUGAAGAAGUUUAUGGGGAUAAGGACCAACUAAAGGUGUGGUCAGAUGCUUUGAGAAGGGUGUCCCAUCUUUCUGGGUAUGAUUCGAGGAAAUAUGGGUAA